AUGACGAUCAAGCACAAUCAGCAGAUCCAGCACAACCAUUUCCGCAAGGACUGGCAACGCCGUGUCCGCGUGCACUUCGACCAGCCCGGUCGCAAGACCCGCAGACGCAAUGCGCGCCAGGACAAGGCCGCCAAGCUGGCUCCUCGCCCCGUCGACAAGCUUCGCCCAAUCGUCCGCUGCCCGACCAUCAAGUACAACCGCCGUGUUCGUGCUGGUCGCGGCUUUUCGCUCGUUGAGCUGAAGGAGGCUGGUAUCCCACGCAAGCUUGCGCCCACCAUCGGUAUCUCUGUUGACCCUCGUCGCGCCAACCUCUCUGAGGAGUCCCUUGCCGCCAACGUUCAGCGUCUGAAGGCAUACAAGGAGCGCCUCGUCCUCUUCCCCCGCAACGCCAAGGCACCAAAGAACGGCGAUGCCGCAAAGAAGGAGGUCGACGCCGCCAAGCAGAUCGGCUCGACUCUCUACGACGGCAAGGUCAAGCAGAGCAACAAGGCUUUCCCCAUCGACAACAAGGUCACCAUCCAGGAGGGCAAGAUCGCCGACUUCCCAAGCACCGAGAACGCCUACCGCAAGUUGCGCGAUGCUCGCUCCGAGGCCCGCCUGGUCGGCAAGCGCGAGAAGCGUGCCAAGGCCAAGGAGGACGAGGAGAAGGACAAGAAGAAAUAG